UAUCACCCGACUUUCAUUAAGGCGCUGUCGAAGCAUCAGAGAAUCGCGGAGGUGAUGACGCUGGGCACGGUGCUUGCGACCAAGGUCAAGACGGAGCAAGGCGGCUACGCCUCCCACUCCGCGCAAGAGCUGCUAAAGGGCUCGGGAAUGUUGAGCGUGGGGAGGGCGGUCUUUCGUCUGCGCCUAGCGGCGUGCCCUUCAGCGUCCACUUCCGGAUGCUGGAUAGCAUGACUACUGGAACAUCGAACCUGUAACAUUCAACAACUACCUCGCUGAUGACCGGUAGGAUUGCAGAUGAACUUUAGUCGACUGUCGUUGCUUCCUCAAACCG